AUCCCUACCUAUAAAUGGAUUGGCGUUCAAAAUAAAAUAUUACGAUCUCAAGUUUUCUUCCCGGCGAAUCAAUCAUCCUCAUCCUCCGGCUAAGAGCUUAGAAAUAAAUUCCCAUGUAAUCACACUCUUCUUGCAUAUCCAUUGCUUCCUCAAUCAAAAAGCUUCAUUCUGAUUCAAUAACCACAAACGAGGACGCGUGUGAUUCCCAAUGGUGACGAUGCACCGUCACUUAAGCAUGAGCUGCCGCGUGGUCGACAUGUCGAUCGAUUUCUGGAUAUUGCUUUUGCCAAAUGGACUCGAAUAUCGUUUGUCAGGGAUCGGAUAACCUCCACUGGCCGAUUGGCAACUCUAUCGGUAAUCGCGUUCUUCUAGGAAUUUGACUUUUGGGUAAAGCAAUCUGAAUCGAAAUCAAUGCUGUGGAGCUAGGGUUUAGGGGAAGGGAAGGAAGAGCUUUCCAUUUAAGUGCUUGUUUAAUGUCUAAAUCUAUAAACAGAAAGAGCUUGACUGAUUUUUGUUGAAAUACGAAGGAUGAAGUUUGAGAAUGAAUUCAAGAAACAAAUAGUGCCUGAAUGGGCGGACGCUUAUGUUGAUUACAAUGGCUUGAAAAGGUUAUUGCGUGAGGUUUCCUGCGAGAGACAGAUUAAGAAGUCAAGAGUACCAUUUAGGCGCUCAAAGAAGAAGCCAACAGUGAACGGAAAAUGCAGAGAGUUAACCUCUCAGCCAAGAAAAUGCCAAAUCGUUAAGGAUAUUGAGAAUCAAGUUGGAGUUGUUGACAGAUCACUGCAAAAUGACCACCUUCAACUCUCCAAGUCUUGUUCUCACGGGAAGUUUCAAGAAAUUUCAGAGAUUGAGAUGGCUUUCCUUAGAAAAUUUGAUGAAGAACUCAUCAAGGUCAAUUCCUUCUAUAAGGAGAAUGUAGAGGCUGUAACUGAAGAGGCAAGUGUUUUAAGUAAACAAAGGAAGACUCUGGUUGCAUUGCGAAGGAAGAUGGAGAUCACCCCUCUGAAUGAAAGACACGAUUCUCAUAAUGAAGUUUCUACAAUCCCCUUAAGCUCCACUUUUCAAACGCCUUGUCCUUCAGGAAGCGUGCACUUGGAUUCAGCAGUUGAAACGGAUGCCAACUAUCGGCAUGAACAAAAAGAGUCUCAUUGGGGUUCAGAAUUGGAUGAAGUUCACACAGAAGUAAGUAGCAAUAAACAUGUAGACGAAGUCACGACGAUGGAAAACAGCCAAGAUUCCCAAGAAAUUCUUAAGCAUGUGAAAGUCGUCGAUGUGUUCAACUCCCGUAAAUCUACAUCGAAAGAUAUUUGCAAGAGUUCUAAGGAUGAUGACUUGGAUGUCGAUCAAGAUGACCGAAGUAAGAUUGAAGAACAGUUGAAAAAAGCAUUUGCGGAAUUUUACCAGAAGCUUCAUUCGUUGAAGCAAUAUAGUUUUAUGAACCUGUCAGCAUUUGCGAGAAUCAUGAAUAAGUAUGAGAAGAUUUCAUCAAAGGCAGCGGCCAAGUCAUACAUGGAAACUGUGGAUAAUUCGUACCUUGGAAGUUCAGAUGAGGUUGCCGAUCUCAUGAAGAUGGUGGAAAUUACCUUCAUCAAGGACUUUUCAAACUCAAAUUAUGCAGAAGCCAUGAAGCAUUUGAGGCCAAAAACCAAAAGAGAAAAACACAGCGUGACAUUUUCUUCAGGCUUCCUAUCUGGUUGCACGGUAGCACUAUUUGUGGCAACUGUUCUGAAAAUAGCAUCUCAAAAAUUGAUGGAGAGGGAGGAAGGCACUCAUUACAUGGAAAAUAUAUUUCCACUUUACAGUUUGUUUGGCUUUGUUGUCCUACACAUGCUCAUGUACGCAACAGACUUGUACUUCUGGAGACGUUGUCGAGUUAACUAUCCAUUUAUCUUUGGUUUCAAGAGAGGAACUGCAUUGGGUUGGCAAGAAGUUUUCCUGCUCAGUACUGGUUUUGCAGUACUUGCAUCUGCCAGUUUCCUGGCAAACUUAUACUUGGACAGAGACCCUAGCACCCAGAAGUAUAGAACAGAAGCUGAGAAGGUUCCUUUAGGCACAACAGCACUUAUUCUUCUCAUCACCUUUUGCCCAUUCAACAUUCUAUACAAGUCAAGUCGCUUUUUCUUCAUUCGCUGUCUCCUACGCUGUAUAUCUGCUCCUCUGUGCAAGGUUAAGUUUCCAGAUUAUUUUUUGGCAGAUCAGCUUACUAGUCAGGUACAAGCUUCACGAUGUAUUGUGCUGUAUAUUUGCUACUAUGGUUUAGGAGAAUACUCAAGGAAGCAAAACAAGUGCCACACGCGUGGUGUCUACAAUACUCUCUCCUUCAUUAUUGCUGUCAUACCAUUUUGGCUGCGAUUCUUACAAUGCAUGCGACGACUGCUUGAGGAAAAAGAUUGGAUGCAUGGCUACAAUGCUCUUAAAUACCUCUCUACAAUUGUUGCGGUCCUCGUUAGAACAGCUUGUGAAUUAAGAAAGGGAGCUACCUGGAUGGUGUUAGCCUUGAUUAGUUCCGUGGUUGCUGUGUUGGUGAAUACAUACUGGGAUAUUGUUGUCGACUGGGGACUUCUGCGGAAACACUCAAAGAAUAAGUACUUGAGAGACCGGCUUUUAGUAUCCAACAAGUCCGUCUAUUUUGCAGCGAUGAUAUUAAAUAUUCUUUUGAGGAUUGCUUGGAUCCAGUUGGUUUUAGCAUUCAACUUGCGUUCAUUUCAAAAGGUUGCUGCGACUGUAUUGAUAUCUUGCUUGGAAAUCAUUCGCCGCGGUCUUUGGAACUUCUUCAGUUUGGAGAAUGAGCAUCUGAACAACGUUAACAAGUAUAGAUCGUUUAAGUCGGUUCCACUUCCAUUCAGCUACUCCGAUGACGAUGAUGAGAAGGAUAAUUGAACAAAGAAAAUCACGUCAGAGGAAAGAAAAUUGAAGCUUGUAGACCGACUUCAUCUGCUGUAGCGUACUUCUCAACCUGGAGCACAACAAAGCCUCUGUAUUAUAACUGAAGUUGGAGACUUCAUUACAUUUCGUCUUUUCCUUUAACAAAGGGCAGUUGAGUUUUCUUAAAAAUUAGAAGGAACCUACCAGAAGAAUGUGGGAAUUAUAUCUUUUUUCCUUUGAGUUUAUGUGAGACACAAGAGUUAAUCAAUUUGUAUUGCCAUGUAUACGACAGUUACGAAGUUUUUGCAAGGAGAUCAGUGGAUAUUAUACAAAUUUGUUGUGGAA